AUGAAAGGGUUAUCGGGCAGCCGCAGCCAUCACCACGGGGUCACCUGUGACUCCACCUGUGACUCGCUGUCGCACCACUCCGACCGCAAGCCAUACCUGCUGAGCCCCGUGGAGCACCACCCUGCGGACCACCCUUACUACACGCAGCGCAACUCCUUCCAGGCCGAGUGCGUGGGCCCCUUCAGCGACCCGCUGGCCAGCAGCACCUUCCCGCGCAGGCACUACACCUCCCAGCAGGAGCUGAAGGACGAGUGCGCCCUGGUGCCCCGCACCCUGGCCACCAAGGCCAACCGCAUCCCCUCCAACCUGCUGGACCAGUUCGAGCGGCAGCUGCCCCUGCACCGGGAUGGCUACCACACGCUGCAGUACAAGCGCACGGCCGUGGAGCACCGCAGCGACAGCCCCGGCCGCAUCCGGCACCUGGUGCACUCGGUGCAGAAGCUCUUCACCAAGUCGCACUCCCUGGAGGGGCCGUCCAAGGGCAGCGUCAACGGGGGCAAGGCCAGCCCCGACGAGUCGCAGACGGUGAGAUAUGGCAAGCGCAGCAAGAGCAAGGAGCGGCGGGCCGAGCCCAAGGCGCGCGCCAACGCCUCCCCGGGCUGGUGGAGCUCCGACGACAACCUGGACGGUGACAUGUGCAUCUACCACGCGCCCUCGGGCGUGAUGACCAUGGGCCGCUGCCCCGACCGCUCGGCCUCGCAGUACUUCAUGGAGGCCUACAACACCAUCAGCGAGCAGGCGGUCAAGGCCUCCCGGAGUAACAACGAUGUCAAGUGCUCCACCUGCUCCAACCUGCCGGUCAACCUGGACGCCCCGCUCCUGAAGAAGAGCGCCUGGUCCUCCACACUCACCGUGAGCCGAGCCCGGGAGGUUUACCAGAAAGCCUCAGUCAACAUGGACCAGGCCAUGGUGAAGUCUGAGUCGUGUCAGCAAGAACGUUCCUGCCAGUACCUGCAGGUUCCUCAAGACGAAUGGUCAGGGUACACCCCUCGAGCUAAAGACGAUGAAAUUCCAUGCCGAAGAAUGCGGAGUGGCAGCUACAUCAAGGCCAUGGGGGAUGAUGACAGUGGCGACUCAGACACAAGUCCCAAGCCUUCUCCCAAAGUCGCUGCACGAAGAGAAAGCUAUCUCAAGGCUACUCAGCCAUCCCUUACAGAACUCACCACACUCAAGAUUUCCAAUGAGCAUUCACCCAAACUCCAGAUCCGGAGUCACAGUUACCUGAGAGCAGUAAGUGAAGUCUCUAUCAACCGAAGCCUGGAUGGUCUUGACCCUGCAGGCUUGCUCACGUCCCCAAAGUUCCGCUCCAGGAAUGAGAGCUACAUGCGGGCCAUGAGCACCAUCAGCCAGGUGAGCGAGAUGGAAGUGAACGGGCAGUUCGAGUCCGUGUGCGAAUCCGUGUUCAGCGAGCUGGAGUCGCAGGCGGUGGAAGCGCUGGACCUGCCCAUGCCCGGCUGCUUCCGCAUGCGGAGCCACAGCUACGUGCGGGCCAUCGAGAAAGGCUGCUCCCAGGACGACGAGUGCGUGUCCCUGAGGUCGUCAUCCCCGCCACGCACCACCACCACCGUGAGGACCAUCCAGAGCAGCACGGGUGUCAUAAAACUGAGUUCUGCAGUUGAAGUGUCAUCUUGCAUUACAACAUAUAAGAAGACACCACCUCCAGUCCCACCCAGAACUACCACGAAACCUUUCAUUUCUAUCACAGCCCAGAGUAGCACAGAGUCUGCCCAGGACGCCUACAUGGACGGACAGGGCCAGCGCGGAGAUAUUGUCAGCCAGUCUGGACUCAGCAACUCCACGGAGAGCCUGGACAGUAUGAAGGCUCUGACAGCUGCCAUCGAAGCUGCCAACGCCCAGAUCCACGGCCCUGCAAGUCAACACAUGGGCAAUAACACCGCCACCGUCACCACCACCACCACCAUAGCCACGGUCACCACGGAGGACAGGAAGAAGGACCACUUUAAGAAAAACAGAUGCCUGUCCAUCGGGAUACAGGGGGAGAAUAAAGCGCCCAGUAAGUUCCAGUCCGUGGGAGUGCAAGUCGAGGAGGAGAAGUGCUUCCGCAGGUUCACGAGAUCCAACAGUGUGACGACAGCAGUACAGGCUGACCUGGACUUCCAUGAUAAUCUGGAAAAUUCCCUGGAAUCUAUAGAGGACAAUUCAUGUACUGGCCCAAUGGCCAGGCAGUUCUCCCGGGAUGCCAGCACCUCCACGGUCAGCAUUCAGGGCUCAGGAAACCAUUACCAUGCCUGUGCAGCCGACGAUGACUUUGACGCGGAUUUUGACCCCUCUAUUCUGCCCCCUCCGGACCCCUGGAUUGACUCUAUCACGGAAGACCCUCUGGAGGCCGUGCAGAGGUCAGUGUGCCACAGGGACGGCCACUGGUUUCUGAAGCUUCUCCAAGCAGAGCGAGAGCGGAUGGAAGGGUGGUGCCAGCAGAUGGAGAGGGAAGAACGGGAAAACAGCCUGCCGGAAGACAUUCUAGGGAAAAUCCGAACCGCAGUGGGCAGUGCCCAGCUCCUCAUGGCCCAGAAAUUCUACCAGUUCAGAGAACUGUGUGAAGAAAACCUGAAUCCUAAUGCUCAUCCAAGGCCCACCUCCCAGGAUUUGGCGGGGUUUUGGGACAUGCUGCAGUUGUCCAUAGAAAAUAUUAGUAUGAAAUUUGAUGAACUUCAUCAGUUAAAGGCCAAUAAUUGGAAACAGAUGGAUCCCCUUGACAAGAAGGAGCGAAGGGCCCCUCCUCCAGUGCCAAAGAAGCCGGCGAAGGGCCCCGCGCCGCUGAUCCGGGAGCGCUCGCUGGAGAGCUCGCAGCGCCAGGAGGCCCGCAAGCGCCUGAUGGCCGCCAAGCGCGCCGCGUCCGUCCGCCAGAACUCGGCCACCGAGAGCGCCGAGAGCAUCGAGAUCUACAUCCCCGAGGCGCAGACCCGGCUCUGA